AUGAUUCCUGUCGAAGAUAUCAAAAAGUGGUUAACUGAUAAAAUUUUUUGUGCACUCUGCUGUGGAGCCUGUAAAAUGUUCUUCCGUCGAGUCCUAUUUGUCAAAAACAUUGAUCAAUGCAGACGAGGUGAAAACUGUAUCCGAAAAUGCCGCGACUGCAGGUUCAAAAAGUGCAUCGAAGCCGGAAUGACCUGGACACCACCUGAACCCCUAUCCAUCCUGAACACGAAAACGGAUCCUUUAUCUGCAUUGAUCUUCAACCUCUCUCAUCACGAAGAUCGGAGAGAAUUCCUACUGAUGAAUUGUUUCUAUCAUGGUGACCCAACUGUAUUGGAACUUGCAAAGAUACAAGGACCCCUUAAGUUUCGACCCAGACCACCCGGUUUUCCAAUGACACUUCCUUUGUGGGUUUUCACAAUUGGAAUCACAUCAUUGGAUUAUUUAAGGAAGUUCGUUCAUGUUAAUUUACUAAAUGACUCGGAUAGAGCGGUUCUUUUGAAACACACUUUUUUCGACUUCUCACUUUUCACGGAUGCCAUUAGAGCUCAGAAAAGAAACCAAGAUUUUAUCUCAUUCCCAGAUGGUAUGGAUAUCAUAAAACCUGGAGUGGUUGGUGUGACAGAUGAGUUUCUGGAUGGAAUACGGUGUCGAUUACCAGGAAAGGUCAAUCAGUUGAAAGUGACAAAGGAGGAAUUCUUGCUGCUCUCUCAAGUGUUUUUCUGUAAUCCAGCUAUCACCGAUCUAUCUGAAAGCGGUCGUGGGUUCCUUAACUCUUAUCAAAAAAUUUACUCAUCCGCUCUUCUUCAAUAUUGCAUGUUGACUUAUAAACAUGCGGGACCCGCUAGAUUCACCGAGUUGUUAUCGAUUUUUCAAGUGAUCUUCAAGACUAAAAUGGAUAUUCGAAAUCUGGUGAUACUGAACACUUUGAGAGGACGAGGACCAAAUAUUCGACAGAUUCAUGUUUUUUGA